GCGUGGGCGGCCCAGCAGCCCAAACCCACGAGACCCAGACCCGCAGACCGCCUUCCCCCACUCCGCUCGCUUCCAGGCCCCUCUCCGCCCCUCUUCGCCGCCGAUUCGUCUCGCCGGCCGCCGCCCCCUCCGCUCCGCCACGCCGCCAUGUCGGUGACGCUGCACACGAACCUGGGGGACAUCAAGGUGGAGGUGCACUGCGACCAGGUGCCGCGGACGGCGGAGAACUUCCUGGCCCUCUGCGCCAGCGGCUACUACGACGGCACCGUCUUCCACCGCAACAUCAAGGGGUUCAUGGUGCAGGGCGGCGACCCGACGGGGACCGGCAAGGGCGGCGCCUCCAUCUGGGGCGGCAAGUUCGCGGACGAGUUCCGGGAGGCGCUCAAGCACGGCGCCCGGGGCACCCUCUCCAUGGCCAACUCCGGGCCCAACACCAACGGCAGCCAGUUCUUCAUCACCUACGCCAAGCAGCCCCACCUCAACGGCCACUACACCGUCUUCGCCAAGGUCAUCCACGGCUUCGACGUGCUCGACCUCAUGGAGAAGACCCCCACCGGCCCCGCCGACCGCCCCCUCGCCGAGAUCAGGCUCAACCGCGUCACCGUCCACGCCAACCCGCUCGCCGGAUAGGCAGGCUUCUUCUUGGCCGGCUGCUGGUUUGCUCCUCAGUCUCAUGCCUCUGUUGCUAGCUAAUCUAGGAAUUGGAAUCGAUUUUACCUGUCUGAUUCUGUAAUAUCAUGCUCGUUUGGUUACCUGAAUUCUACCUGCCUGCAAAAACAUGAUGCUAGUCUAUACAAGAACAUACUGGUGUGGUGACUGAUGGUACUGCAAGUGUUUUUGGUUAAA